AUGCCAGGCGUCAUCUAUCGCGCAGUCGAUACAAACACAACACAGGCCCACAUCUUCAACCGUACCGAUGUCGUCGCAUGGUUUUACACCUGGUGUCGUGUCACUUUCAAGGAUAGCCCAUUCUAUACUAUCCUUGAACACCUGACCCCUACAAUUGAAUGCAAAAUUCGCGAACAAACCAGGGAUAAUGUGGAGCUUAAGGUUGUUCUUACCCAAAACCUAGCAUCGAGGCUACAAAAUGACCCAAACUUACGGAUCAUGGUCUAUUGUGCUGCUGACAGUGGCCUCAACCAAUACACCAAGUCCGAUAUUGCUUUCCCACAGCAGGUGGAGCUAAAAGCCAAUCUGGACGAAGUGAAGGCGAAUUUGAAGGGACUUAAAAAUAAGCCUGGCACCACGAGGCCUGCGGAUGUGACAAACUAUAUUCGCAAGAAGCCCGGAUAUCCUAACAACAUUGUCAUGACUUAUGCGCUUACACAAAAGGCGAGUCCUAGUUUUUUCGUGCUGGUGAAUCUUGUCCAGCGGCAUCCAGUGGAGGAGCUUGUCUCCGAAUUGAAGAGGAGGAAAACUAUCACAAAGGAGCAAGUAUUACGGGAAAUGAAAAAUAAAGCGGAGGAUUCUGACAUCGUCGCCACAUCAACUGUCUUGUCGCUAAAAUGCCCUCUAUCCACACUCCGGAUUGAAGUCCCCUGCCGGACUGUGCUUUGCACACACAACCAGUGUUUUGAUGCGUCUUCUUUCUUGCAAUUGCAAGAACAAGCCCCCACUUGGUCGUGUCCAGUCUGUUCCAAGGCGACAAGCUUCGAAUCAUUGCAAAUUGACCAGUAUGUCGCUGAUAUACUGCACUCAACACCCCCGGAUGCAGACCAGGUCAUCAUCGAACCAGAUGGAAGAUGGUCAAAUCCACGUGGGGAGGAACUGACCGGGACGGCUGGUGUCACCCCAGCGACGGAUGAUGACGACGACGAGUUGAUUGAAAUUAAGGAACCAGGAAUUGCGCGUGUAAAGCAAGAGUCGAUGCCAGCAUCAGGUCUAACUCUGCAACAGACUCCAGCUCAAUCGAGGGAGCCAUCGGCGACAUCAUCCGUGGCCCGUUUGUCUACCAAUAAGCGCCCAGCAUCGCAAGUGAUUGAUCUGACAGGUAGUGAUGAUGAUGCAGACGAUUCCCCAAUCAGGCCAGUGAAGCGUCCAGCACUAAAUGCUUCUCAUAGAGCAUUCCCGCGACCAGAGUUUCGCACUGGACAGAUAAAUGGGGGUGGUUCGUCUUUCCCCAGUCACACUACCUCGGAAUCCCCGAAUCAAAAUGGUGCUUAUGAUGCAUGA